UAUCUGUUGGCGGCAGAUUCAACACAAUUCCUAAUCUAAGAUGGGUGUAGAAAGAGAUUUGGAUUUGUUAGAAAAUAAAAAUUCAAAUGUUUUGACUGGUAUGAAUUUUGAAAUCAGGAUGGAUGACGAACCUAAUUUUAGUGAUCCUGAAGAUUUUGUUGAUGAUAUUACUGAUGAAGAACUUCUUGAUGAUUUAUUGAAAAAUGAGCCUGAAGAAACAGAUGGAGUAGAAUCUGUCAUUAUUGUUGACGGUAUCCCUAAAGUUGGGCCAGAGAGAUUUGAAAAACUGAAAAAUGUCAUUCAUAAACUUUAUUCAAAUUUUGGUAAAAUUGCAACUGUUGAUUAUCCCUUGGAUGAAAAUGGGGUGACAAAAGGAUAUGUGUUCCUUGAAUUUUCAUCUCCAGAAAUCGCUAAUGAAGCUGUCAAAGCAACAAAUGGAUACAAACUUGAUAAACAUCAUAUAUUUCAUGUUAAUCUUUUCACAGAUUUUAAGAAGUAUGAAAAUAUUCCAGAUGAAUGGAGGCCACCUUCACCACAGCCUUAUGUUGAACAUGGAAAUCUCAAGUAUUGGUUGCAAGAGCCUGAUGCAUAUGAUCAGUAUAGUGUAAUAUAUGAAAGUGGGGGAAAGACUGCUAUUUACUUGAAUACAAAUCCAGAACCUACUCUUUUACAGGAAAGAGAAGCAUGGACUGAAACAUAUGUACAGUGGUCUCCUCUUGGUACGUAUUUAGCAACCUUUCACCCUAGAGGAAUAGCCUUGUGGGUAGGAGAAAAAUUUACUCAAUUUAUGAGGUUCAGUCAUAACAAAGUCCAGUGUAUUAGCUUUUCUCCUUGUGAAAAGUAUUUAGUAACAUUUAGUAAUAUCCCUGAGUCAAAAGAUGAUCCUAAUUGUAUUAUGAUUUGGGAAAUUGCGACUGGAAUCAAAAAAAGAAGUUUUCACCUUGAGCCACAUCUCCCUUUAACAUGGCCCAUGAUCAAAUGGAGCCAUGAUGAUAAGUAUUUUGCUAAACUUGGUAAAGAUAUGCUUAGUGUGUAUGAAACUCCUUCUUUUGGUUUAAUGGAAAAGAAAAGUAUCAAAAUUCCUGGAAUAAAGAAUUUUUCUUGGUCUCCUACAGACAAUAUUGUAGCCUAUUGGGUCGUUGGAGAAAAAGAUGUCCCUGCUCGUGUAAUUCUGCUUGAAAUUCCAAGUCGAAAAGAACUCAGGUCAAAAAAUCUUUUUAAUGUAGCAGACUGUAAUAUGCAGUGGCCAAAAUCAGGGGACUACUUAUGUGUCAAGGUUGUUAGAUAUACCAAAGCCAAAAAGGAGAAAAAUGAGAUCAAGUAUGGUAAAAUGUAUGUCAAUUUUGAAGUAUUUUACAUGCGAGAAAAACAAAUUCCUGUGGAUAGUAUAGAAAUCAAAGAAAAUAUAAUCGCUUUCUCAUGGGAGCCAGUUGGAAACAAGUUUGCUGUUAUACAUGGAGAUGGGGCAUUCAUAACUGUCAGUUUUUAUGGAAUAAAAUCAGGAGGAACAAUGACACUGUUGAAAAAGUUUGAAAAAAAGCAGUGUAAUCGUCUGUUUUGGUCUCCAUUUGGACAGUACAUUGUUCUUGCAGAAUUAAAGACAUCAAUGAGUGGCAGUUUGGAAUUUAUAGACACUUCUGAUUUUACAUCCAUGGCUUUUAUUAAAGAUAUAUUGGCUUCUGAUGUUGAAUGGGAUCCAACGGGUAGAUAUGUUGUGUCUGCCACUAGCCAGUGGACAUAUAAGCUUGAUAAUGCAUUUUGGUUAUGGACAUUUUGUGGGAGACUUUUUCGGAAGAAAGAUGUAGAAGGAUUUUGUCAAUUGUUAUGGCGGCCUCGACCUCCAACUUUAUUAUCAGAAGAAAAAGUUAAGGAAAUAAAGAAGAACUUGAAAAAAUUUAGUGCUCAUUUUGACCUAAAAGAUCAAAUGUCAUUAUCUAAAGCAUCAAAAGAGAUUAUUGAUAAAAGGCUAAAGUUAAUAAAAGAAUUUGGAAACAUGAGGAAGAGAAUGAUAGAUGAAUUUAACAGUAAUAAGAUAAUACGUUUAGAAUUACGAAAUGGCAUUGAUACAGAUGAACUUGAUUCGGAAGUUGGAAAUUUAGAAGAGGAAGUGGUUGAAUUUCUAAUAAAAGAAGAUAUUGUGGUUCUAGAAGAAUGAUUGCAUAUGAACAAAAUUUUAGGCUCAUGAUUAACAUUUUUAAAUUUUGAAUAUGAGAUGAUGGUUUUGCAUUGAUUUUAUUUGUUUAAUUUUGUAGCAAGCUUGUAGCACCUGACUUUGAACGUUGAGUCUAUAAUAAAUAAUGAUUUCUAUAAUGUCUGA